CAAUUAAGAAAAACCCCGGAUGUAGGUCAAGAUAAAAUUUAAAAACCGGAUAAAUUAUUUUCACAUUACAGCAUAUUUAUGCUGCUUUGUGGCUGACAGGAUGGCGUUAAGAAGUGAUCUGAGGUGUAUAAAAACUCUAUCAGUGUGGUGGAACGCAAUAUUCUGGUUCAUUGGUGGAAUACUAUUACUUGCAUUUGCAUUGUAUCUUCGGCUUGAUCCCCUUUAUGGUAGCUUCAUCAAUGGCUCUAGAGUGUCCAACAUGUGCUGGGUAUCUCACUACUGGAUACUGUCAUAUUUGCUGAUGGGAUCAGGAUUUAUAAUGGCAGUUACAGGACUUUUAGGUGUAUAUGGAGCUCAUAAGGAAAAAACAACUUUUUUAGGAAUUUUCUGCAUAGCACUGUUGAUUGUAGUUCUUACACAGCUUGUGGUUGGAAUCUUAGGCUUCAUAUGGAAAGAAGAGUUUAAAAGGCAGAUUACCGACUGUAUAAAAGAGGGUAUAAGGUUUGACUAUGGGCAAAGUGACACUCAUACUUUCUCUAUAGACUACAUGCAGAGAAGAAUGCAGUGUUGUGGUGGUGAUGGACCUGUAGACUAUGCCAACUCUAACUGGGGAAGACAGUGGAGUAAUAAUGGCAGGGUUCCAUCCUCUUGCUGCAGCAGUUGGGACCAAGAUACCGUUGUCUGUAAUCUUGCCAGACCAACAUUUGUCUCAGGAUGUAGUGAGAGGCUCAUUUGGAUGUUUGAGAGACAUGGUGUCUUGAUAAUAUGUGUAUCCAUCAUUCUAGUGGGUUUUGAAGCUCUAGGUUUCCUGUUUAAUGUAAUUCUAUGGUGUGCUCUAAACUCCAAAAUCACUGUGCCUGAACAAUGGGAGAUGGUGGGAACCAUAGAAAAUCAAGAGACAGACACGCAGUACUCACAGUAUUCGAGGAGUAGCUCCAAACCUAGUUUUAACAAUAGGUUCUAAUACAGUUUAAGGAUUGGAUUCAUAACGAGGCUCCCUGAGGGGAAUCUUGCCUUAGAUAUCAACAGUAUAAGCUUCCCUGAUGGAGUAGAUUCCCUCAUUUAAUUGUAUGGGGCUCCUUUGGAGGUACUUUGCCCAAGGCAAUGUUUAAGGGUUCCCUUUUGCUAAGGUUUUCACAUUACCUUACUAGUACCUAUAGGGUAGCCUCUGAUAUAAUGAUAAUGUGACAUAAAGAAAUGUGAAAAAGAGCUAAGCUCAAACCAAAUGUAAAUGUAACAUAGAAUACGCAAUGGUUUUAGAGAAACACCUAGAUUUUUCAAUGUUGGGUGAUGCAGGUUGAUUUUAUGUGAUCAUUGAGCAGAAGCCUUGAAGUUCAGGAAAAGCUGAUUUAACCCCCUUGCCAAAACAAGUAACUUGUUGAUGUUUGGCAAUUUGUCAGAAUUAAAAUUAGUUGCAUAAAGUUGAUCAAAUGUUAGAGUAACACUACCGUGUAACUAGUAUCAAACUUUAACUUUCCAUGAAACUUAAUCUUCAAGUAUUCUUGACACUGCAAUCUAUUCAAUUAGAAAAUUGAAUUGUUCACUUGCAUUUUUAAGAUUGAAUAACAUGUAUUUUAAAAGGAAUACUAGUAUUGUGAUGAAACUUGUACCAUUCCAAGAAUAUAAUUAUUUAUAUUUUACAUAGUGUUUACUGUAUUACAUUGUACACAACAUAUCUUCAAUAUACAUUUGUAUGGUCAUUUUUUGUAGUUUACACAAAAAAGAAUAUGAUAGAAAAAUUUUGAAAAUUUUAGCUUCGCAUUUAACUCUACCAAUGUUCAUGAAUUAUAUUUGUAAAUAUGAUGUGUUCUGGUAAUGAACUUACAUGGUACACCCCCUCCAUAAACUUGCCAAAGUUUUGGCGGGGAGUGUAUGCAGUACAUUCCUUUAAGACAAAUCAGGAAAAUGAAAAGAUCAGUAUGGUUGCUUUGUAGUAAAGCAUGAACAUUUAUUAGAAUGUAGUAGUCUGAUUGUCUGUAAAAAAAUAACAUAAAUUUUUUUACGUAUUAUAAAGUAUUUUUACUACACAUAUAAUAGGCUAUUCAGCAUUUUACGUUUUUUUUCCACAGCACAACAUAUUUUUAGGAGCAACCUGUUGGAAAAAAACAUUUAAAAAAUGAAUUACACACAUGAAUUAUAAAAAUAAGGAUUAGAAUUAUACAAAUGCAAUUAUAGAUCUCAACUUUAUUAACAUAGAUUUGUGAGAAUGCACAUUUUUGUUUGUUAACAUUAUACUUCAAGUAUAAUCAUGUGCUUUUAGUUUUUAAUUCCUAUUGCUGUUUCGUCAUGAACACAAUACAAAUUGAAAAUGAUCAAUCUCUUGUGUAUUUGAAUUAAUUAAAUGCACAGAGUAAACUUUUCUCUAGGUAAAAUCAAGAUUGAUGCCAAUGAGGGUGAAGCCAAAUUGGUGUGAAGUUUGAUUCAACACAGAAUACCUCAACCUUAAAUCAACCUUGAGAAUGUUUUGCUCUGUAUUUCUCCCUCUAUCUCCGAGGCAUAUCCACCAUUUACUGUAUUCGUCUUUAAUUUGGCAUUACUUAAUU